CAAUAAAAUGGUCAGACGAGCUCGGCCACAAUUCGCUGCGGUCACAAACAGUACAACACAAAAUACCUGGAAUCUUAGUGGCUGAGCAUGAGAACAACGAACUUUGAAGGCAUUCGGCCUGGCAAAACAGGUGACGUCGCGACUAUGAGCACGAUGCUUGUACCGUCCAAGCCUCAGAGAAGUCGCGCUAGAAAUCCUAUGGAAGUUGCUCGAUACCCAGAAGAAGUCAGGUGCCAAUCACAAAUCCUUCGGUCUGCCUGAGCUGAAUAGAGGUGGGGUCCUUGACAACCAACGCCGACCUAUAUAUACGAGCAUCCCCUCGACUUUGUAACCUAUUUCCACAUAACAUCACAAUAUUCACCAUGAGACGACUUUCAAGAGCACUUUCCCGAGCUGGAGAUUCCAAGGCCAAAGAGGCAAAGGAGGCGAGCACCAUCUCCAUCGAAAAGAGUCCUUCGCCUCCUCCACCAACAUACCACGAGUCUGCACAAGCUGCAGAUGAUGACCUUCGCCCUUCCGAUGUGACUGCUGGCUUCUCGAAGCUACAGUUGGGUCCUUCCUCGGAAAGUGUACCUAGGCCUCAAGAGUGUAUUGCUCACCUCAAGCUUCUUGAGUGCUUCUAUCGCUUGAAGCAGAACAUUGCUGGGAGCGAAGGCCUCUUUGGUAUCUCCUCGGACUUCGUCGCCAAGCUAGAUGAAAUUGCAUCGCACGCAUUGCCUGAUGGCGGAAAUAAGGAUAACGAGAUAUUGGCAUUGCUUGCGGAAAAGCGAUGGCAAGUCUAUGUUUCUCGGGCAGUUUCUCGCUUUGCAGAAUGGAGAAACGCCCUUGAACCAAGGUAUGACUACUACACCUUGACUCGAGCAACCAUGUCGAAGGGUCAAUUGUUAGCCGAUCGCGUAGAGCCUGAGAAGGCUAAGCCAAUUCUCUUCGACGCUGAGAACCUACCUCCAGUCGAUGUCUUGAUGGUCUGGCAUUCGUAUAUGCUCAAUCCGAGAGCGUAUCUGGAAGAUUGUGCACGAGAGGGACGGAUGCGCCUGUGGCAUACACCCAUGCCAUGGCAAGCAAUCGCCGAUGCUAUCAACAGUGAAUCAUUCGUAUAUGAGGUUUCCAAGACCGGCAUGAUCAUGUUCGAGGAGCAAACCCAUCUCAACUGGAACAACCUCGAGGACUCGAUGGAGACAUCUUUCCAGUGUCCCCAUUGUCAUUCCACAAACAGCAUUCCAUGGACCACGUGCGGGAGGAUCUCCAAGAAUGAUGAAGACUUUCAAAGCGAACAGGUUCCAUCCUAUGUCAAGGAUGUGACAUACGAAGCUGUUCGCGCUCAACUGAGUACUUGUCACGGUCUCGCUGACUCGGAUUUCAACGCAGUCUGUAAUUCAUGUGCUAAUCAGGUCACUCAUGACUCUCUUCGAGCUGGCAAAUUUCGCAGCGAUCUGGAGAAGCUCUUGGAUGGGGAUGUUCUGAUGCCAGGCAAUAUCCUUGGUAAAGACGGACUACCUUCGCGGGUUGGGACUACACUGGACAAGACUGGCUACUCCCUAUUUGCUUUCCCCAGCAAGUUGAUGAACGCGGGACUUGCCAGACAGAUUUUGACCUUCAAUCAAGGCAGUGAGUUGCGGAUGGCCAGUAUCCGAGACUCCAUCGAGGAGGGCAUACUCGACAGAAAGUUGGUGUCAAAGGCCAGGAAUACUCACGGUUGGACUCUUAACAGAAGUGAAUCUCUUGCUACACGCCGCAUGAUGUCGAAAUAUUGGGAAAACUCGUCACCCUUCGCUCUGGAUCUUGUUGGUGCUGUGGUUCGACAAGGCUCCUUUGUCGAGAAGAUGCACAACAUUGACUGGCUGCACUCGCCGGCUCUUCCCAACACUAUGUCACGACUGAUACUCAAAUACGUGCGAUUCAUCGGUAUCAUCUCUAAGCACAGCAAGAUGGCUGUUCCAACACUCGAUGUCGACCUAGCCUGGCACACACAUCAACUAAACCCAUCUGGCUACCUGCAGUAUACUGUUGCUGAAAGCAGAACUUUCAUCGACCAUGACGACAAGGUAGCAGAGGCCAAACUCAACGAUGCAUUUGCCGAGACGAGCAAACUGUACCAGAAGCUUUACGGAGAGCCGUACUCUGAAUGCACAUGCUGGUACUGUGAGGCUGUUCGUGAAUCCCACACAUCCACGGCAUCACGCCUAUUCCGUAGCAACAACGCUAUGGCAGCGGAAGAGCUCCACGACGUACCUUCAGAUCCCAAGAAGUCGGUCCAUAUAUCUGCUCACAACGCUGUAAGACCCGAAGGCGAUAAGACAUACGACAUGGCUGUCGCUCAGCGCCUUCAUGAUCUUGAGAGGGCAUAUAACAAGGCUUGCCAACGCGCCGACAAGAAAGGCAAAGCUAGACCCAAGCGCGAUGACUACUACUACUCAGACGCAUAUGGUUAUCCAGUAUACAUGCCGGCGUACGCUCCAUAUGUAGGCGCCAUGGCCUUCACGCCUGUCAUCUAUCCUGUCAAUCCUGGUUGCAUGGCUCUAGGUGUUGGCGCAGCCGGCAACUGCUGUGCUGGAACUUGUGGUGCCGCUGUUGCUGCGGGAUCUUGUGGAUCGGGAAGCUUCGGAAGCUGUGCAGCAGGCAUGGGAGGUGCGGGCGGCGUUGCGGGCUGUGGUGGUGGCGGAGGCGGUGGAGGCUGCGGAGGAGGAGGUGGUGGUGGUGGUGGUGGAGGAGGCUGUGGAGGCGGUGGUGGUGGAUGUUAAGAGGACUAUAUUACGACUUGACGAUUGGGGUU